AAUGUGUAAAUUGCCCUUGUUGCAUGAAGGAACAGAAUUUUCGUAAUUGAAAGAGCAUUUACGUGUUACAAUGCAGCGCGGGCAAACGAUUUUGAUGGUGCUUUUGACUUGUGUGAUAUCUCGAACGUGUGCGCUGACCGUGGAGUCUGGCGAUUCAACUGGGUUAGCACGUGAUCAAUACGUCACACAGGGUGUGCUACACAAGUUUAAAAAAAGGAGGCGUUUUGCUGGGUGCCACAAUCACCACAGUCCUUGUGACGUCAUCGUUUGAUUGUUCUUUGAAAUGUAUGGAGACUGACGGCUGCCAAUCAUUCAACUUUCAAAAAGAUGGAGAUAAAUUACGUCAGUGUGAGCUACUGAACAAAACAGCUGAAUCAGCAGUAUGGGCGGACUUUGUAUUCAAACCUGGCUAUUAUUUUUUUGGAACUGGAAACAAGGUGGCUACUGUCUGUGACCGGUUUCCCUGUGGAGACAACUUUUGCCUACCUUUGGCCGAUACCUGGAGUAACUACACAUGCGUAGAAUGGGCUGAGUUCAACUCGUCGUUGUUCAAGUACAAUUCCACGCCAUCGACCUGGCACGAGGCCAAGGCAGUCUGUAACGCGAACGGAGGGGGCCUUGCGUCCAUUGCAAGUGAGCAAGAAAACACCUUCCUGUACGAAAAAAUACUCAAGGCUCGCUGCUUAGACUGCUACACUCCAGUGAAACUGUUCUCAAACUAUGCGCUUGACGGCAGUGAUGAUAAUAUCAUAAAACAUGGAGCUGCCGAAUUCCAAAUGGUUGGUGGCAAACAAGCGCUAUAUCUUAAUGGAGAAGAGGGGUCCUAUGCGACAUUCCCAUCGAUCGGUUUCCGGAAGACUCGGUUUACGGUCGGUAUAUGGAUUAGGCCAGUUUACCCGUUCACGAAGGGUGCGAUACUCGCGGACUGGUGGGAUCCACAUCAGUUUAAGUUUCUACUUGACGGCAAUUUAAAAAUAGAUCUGCUACUUCGUAACACAAAUGCGAACGAUUUCAUUGUGAUGGCCUCAAGGUAAGGAUCCAAGAGCCCAAAACAUCUCUAGACUUAUUACCGUGAAACAAGAACACCAUCUUGUUUACCUGUUCAUGUGCAUCAUGAAUUGACUAGUACCUUUUGUGCUUACCCUCCUAAAAAAUAACCCUUGUACCUUUAAUGAAUAGUUAAACUCAUCGUCAGAUAAGUUGGGGUUAGGUAUCGGAGCGCGUACUGGUCGCCCGACCAAGCUCUACCCAGGGAACCAUGGCAACCGGGCCACAGCUCCCCGCCACAAGGGAUAGCCGUCACACUGAUUUCUCAGUGGAAUAUA